UUCAGUUUCUGAAUUCCUGGUAAGGUGCUUUACAGGUGCAACGCACUCGACUGCUGAGUAGCAUUGCACUGUUUUAAUUGAUCAAACGUUUGCCUCUUUCCACCGUUUUGAUUCCCAUCCGACGGCGACUGCAUCCUUCGUAUCCUUUUUAACUGACUAAUUAUAUAGUCUUUCUAUUGUAUGUACUGUGUCUCUAUAUAAAUUAUUAUAGUCUAUCUUUAUACUGUGUCUCAAUCCCCCCAAAAUGCCGUCAGCCAAUGUGCGCCUACUUAACGGAAAGGAUAUCAAAGUCGACCUACCAAAAGAUGCCGAUGGGCAAGCGCUAUUCGACGAAGUGUGUAAAGCAUCGCAGCUACGCGAGAAGGAGUACUUUGGAUUAACGUACACCGAUCGCACAGAUCAUCAGACCAACUGGCUCAAAAUGGAUGCGAGUCUCAAGAAACAGCUGAAAGACGAGUGGUACUGCGAAUUCCGUUUAAAGUUUUACCCACCGACACCGGAAAGCCUGAAAGAUGACCUUACCAAGUACCACAUCUUCCUUCAGAUUCACCGAGACCUCGUUACGAACAAAUUACCGGCAACCACCGAGCAGUAUGUGUUCCUGGGCGCACUGACUGUGGUUUCGGAACUGGGUGACUUUAACCCGGCGGUACAUCACGGCAACUACGCCUCCAGGACCUCUAUCGCGCCAUCGGACAUCCAGAACGCCGGCAUGGAGCACAGCGUCAUGGCGCUGCAUCAAACAUUUCCCAGAGGUAUGAAGUUGGAGCAAAUCGAGAACGAAUAUCUGCAAUUCGCUCGCAAACUGCCGUUGUACGGUGUCACCAAAUAUGAAGUAAAGAACGGUCAAAACCGGCUGAUUUCUCUGGGCGUGUCUUCGUCUGGACUCCGUGAAUACGAAGCCAACACACUAAUCGCAACGUACCCUUGGCACCAUAUCCUUAAGUUCUCCUACCGCCGUCACACGUUUUACAUCGAUGUCCGCUCGCGUCCCAGCCCGACACAAGAUGCGGCGCAGGAGCGUAAAUCCUACUCUUGUGUCAGUGAAAAAGCCGCCAAGCGGUUGUGGAAGACCAGCACGGAACACCACAGUUUCUUCCGCGGAUUUCCCAAGACCAAGGCCGAUGAAGACCUGUUUCGACGGCGCUCGUUCCGAAUGCCCGUAGAGAAACGAAAGGAUCCAAAGAUAACCGGCACGGUGGUAACUGUUACGGAAGAGGAGGAAGUGGAAAAUAUGGAUCCUAAUAAACGAGCAACGACAACGGUUGUCCGCAAAGGAUCGUCGAGCGAAGAUGACGGCAUAUUCUUCACGCCACGACAGACUAUGUCGCAGCCGACAAAGCCGGAUACAACAACCCAGAAAACGGUGACUGCAGUGGUACGAAGUGAAGGCAAGGGGUCGGGGACCUCGGGGUCAACGACGACCAGGACAGUUGUCACGCGGAUCAUGACAACGGAUCAGUCACAUGUGUCGGACAAGUACGAUGACGAUACGAAAGCGCGGGACGCCGUCUACGCCAGCAUCCACGAUGUACUGCACAAGAAGCACACAUCCAAAAUCCCAACGACCACUGUGGUUACCGACAAGUUAGACAUGGAUAUGAAAAAAGAAACCAGUGACACUGCUCGCCUUGUCACCGAAGUGGACGACGGUAGCAGCGACACCACCGAUGACGAGUGGGCGUUUAAGAGAGCCGUACAGGACGCCACCGGGCUUAGUGCUGACGUGCGGGUCAUCGACGAGAUCCAGACUCCGACAAAGGUCAAGAAUGCCGAUAGUCUAGUCAUAUAAACUCUAUGGUCAACCGUCGUCAACGUGUAUUUCAUUACAAUAUUUCCAUGUUUUCAACCAUGCCCGUUUGUAUGGAGAGCUACUACAGAGUACAGAAUUAUUGGAUACAAUCGCUAAAAUGUAUUACGCCUAUCAGAUAUAAUUAUACUACUUUCAAAUUAAUAGAAUUGAGCGCACUGCAUUUGACAUUUCUCCAAGACGGUUAAACAACACUC